CCCCUUAGCGCGGCGUGGCGCGGUCCGGCGAUGUGGCGCGGAGCUGCGUUGCGUGCGGUGCGGGGUACCGGGAGUUCCCGGGCCGCUUCGGGGGCGGCGGCAGCGCAGCUCCGGCGGUGGCUGGAGGGAGAGCUAGAGGGGAUCCGCGGUGCCGGCACCUGGAAGAGCGAGAGAAUCAUCGCCUCCCGCCAGGGCCCGCAUCUCCGGCUUGCGGGUGGCGGAGCCGGGAUCCUCAACUUCUGCGCCAACAACUACCUGGGACUUUCCAGCCACCCGCAGGUGAUCCGUGCCGCCGUGCAGGCCCUGGAGGAGUUUGGUGCUGGGCUCAGCUCUGUUCGCUUCAUCUGUGGCACGCAGAGCAUACACAAGGACUUGGAGGAGAAAAUCGCACGCUUCCACCAGCGGGAGGAUGCCAUUCUCUAUGCUAGCUGCUUCGAUGCCAAUGCUGGCAUCUUUGAGGCUCUACUGACCCCAGAGGAUGCGGUGCUGUCGGAUGAGCUGAACCAUGCCUCCAUCAUCGAUGGGAUCCGCCUCUGUAAGGCCAACAAGUACCGCUACAAGCAUAUGGACAUGCAUGACUUGGAGGCCAAACUGCAGGACGCACAGAAACACCGCCUACGGCUGGUGGCCACUGACGGUGCCUUCUCCAUGGAUGGUGACAUCGCACCCCUGCGGGAGAUCUGCCAGCUGGCCCAGAAGUACGAUGCCUUAGUCUUCAUCGACGAGUGCCAUGCCACGGGCUUCCUGGGUCCCAAUGGCCGGGGUACCGAUGAGCUCCUGGGAGUGAUGGACAAGGUCACCAUCGUCAACUCUACCCUGGGAAAAGCUCUUGGAGGAGCUGCAGGCGGGUACACAACAGGCCCCAAACCCCUCAUCGAUUUGCUCCGCCAGCGCUCCCGCCCCUACCUCUUCUCCAACAGCCUGCCCCCCGCUGUGGUGGGCUGUGCCUCCAAGGCCCUGGACCUGCUCAUGGAGAGCAAUGCCAUCGCUCAGUCCAUGGCUGCCAAGACCCAACGGUUCAGGAGCAAGAUGACGGCAGCUGGCUUCACCAUCUCAGGAAAGGACCAUCCUAUCUGCCCCGUCAUGCUGGGGGAUGCCCGGCUGGCUGCGGUGAUGGCUGAGGACAUGCUGAGCAGAGGCAUUUACGUCAUUGGCUUCAGCUAUCCUGUGGUCCCCAAAGGCAAAGCCCGCAUCCGGGUCCAAAUCUCAGCUGUGCAUAGUGAUGAGGACAUCGACCGCUGUGUGGAAGCCUUCAUCGAGGUGGGACAGAAACAUGGAGCACUGCCUUGAGGGGCUGCCAGACUCAUCCCCUAGUGCCCUUCUGCCCACCACCGAGACAAGUGCCUGUGCCUGGGAGGCCUGAGUGGUACGCUGCUCAACACAGGAUACUGAGGCACUGCAGCCUGCGGGAGUCUCUCUCGCUGUUGCACUGUGCUGGCAGCAUCACCUGUAGCAUUAAAGACUUCCUGCAGUGCA